UUUCUCUUCUUAUAUAAGAGCACACGAGACAGUGAUCAUUCCAUUAAAUCCUAUUAUUACUUGUCAAUUCGUUACAUUCAAACCAUUCAUAGUAAGUUGUAGUCUUGCCAAAUGAAUUUUCACUAAUUAUAUAUAGUUGCUUCAAUUAAAUUCAUCUCCAACCAAUUCAUCAUCCUCUCAUGAACAAACAAAAAAACCUUUAUUUCAUUGCAACUUCAGAUGGACAACUACCACUUCAACACCCGAUCAUGAUCCUACCGGCACCCCCAUGGAGUUGUUGCUGCUAGACUACUCUCCGCAUCAUCUUAAACAUUAUUCAAAUUUCUGAAAAAUUGUUAAAUCUAUAUCUCAGUGGAUCGUUAGGUUACCACCACUCAAAAAGUUGUAAGAUUGCGUACACUAGUGAAGUACUCCACUUACUUUCCUAGGCACAAGAUCCUAGUAAUAAACAUGAUAACAAAUCUUUUUCAAGUGGUCGUUCAGGUAGAAAACAGGGGGAAAAUUCCGGUAUAUCUGAAAGAGAUUUUCCUUCAUGCACGACCAGGACGAUACAGCCUUGUGAUCAGAGUAGACCCCUUCAGCACAAAGGUUUUCGCGGCGCAUACCUUCUUUGCUCGCAACAAAUCCUUCGGGAGGCCCUCUACCGUAGAGGUCCAUAUAAAUGGGGAAUUAAUUCAGCGGUUGACGCCGCAGAUGUUCGUGCAUUUCCCCAAAAUCAUCAUCGAUGGAGAGGGAUCAAUCAUCCGUGUGGUUCGUCCCCAACGAGCUCUCGAGCUCUCUCGUCUCAGGGCCUUCAACUUUCUUGCUAUGGGCUAUAAAGAAAGGAAGGAAGUUUGGGUUGUGAAAGAAUAAUUAUGGACUCAUAUGCAGGCGCCACCUACCUUAUAUGAAAUUCAUGCUUUAUUUUCUGAAUUUUUCUUUUUAACUAUUGUUUUGAAGGAUGUGUGUUGUUCUUUUUUCUUCCGUUUGUUUUCCUCAUCACGUGUGUGCGCUUUUAUUUUUAAAGAUA